AAGGUCUCUGAUAUAGUGAGGUCUGACUGUUAUAGAGAACUGUACGUGUUAUCUGAAUGUCUAGUGCUUGUACCUUUGUUGUCUUGAAAUUGGAUGCUAUUUGUAUUGUUUUAUGAAUCCUGGUCAUGUUAGACAACUUCUUGGGAUGAUAAAUUUCUUGAAUUUCCGCAAAUUAGGAUACUUAUUUUUUCUUUUAUUGGUUAGGUUGAUGCUUAGUUUUGAUAAUUUGAGCAUGGUGAUUCAGUAUAUUGCAGCAUCAUUUUUACUGAGUUUUAUUACUCCUAGAGUACUAGUAGCUUAGUGAGUUUAAAAGUGGCAAAGCCAAGAAUUUCGCCUAAAGUGUCCAAUAUAUAUACACAGUAUAAUUUUUAAACAUGCUACUGGCAUAAAGUGAGUUUUAACUUUGUUAUAUUGAUGUCUAAGAAACUGUUACUGACAUGCACUGGGAGUCAGAAGCUUUUUAAGCCUUCUGGAAUGUAAUGAUUGCAGUUUAAUGGAUUCACUUUCUGAGCUUGUGGGGUUCAUUUAUUUUGAUGUUAUAUGGUGGAUGGUGAGACCUACUGUAUUCAUUCAAAAUUUUCUCUUAGACAUAUAGAGAUGUGCUUUCUGGAUAAGGAAAAAAGAAGCAUUAUGGGCAUAGUCUAUUAUUAAAUAAAAAUGGUAGCAAAUGAUUAGGCACCUUGAGGAUUAUUCCUUCCCAAAGUUGUUUUGGUGUGCAUCCAACAAUUGGUUUUUAAGGAAAGAAACAAUAGGAGGAGUUGUUAAUGAUAAAUAGUUUGAACUUUUUAAUGACUACUUCUUUCACAGGUUCAACGUCUUGCCGCGACCUCCAGAUGCACCGGUUAGUAGGUGUGAGACCAUGGUGACCAAGGUGUUAGAAGGAGACGAGACAGACCUAGAGAAGUUGUCUCGAACGAACUAUAAUUUCUUGGAAUCAAUGCAGACUCAUAUAGGCCAUAUCUACUAGUUGGAAAUAGGGUACAAGCAAAGGACCAAAUCAGAAGGUACCCAUACUUUCUUCUGCAACAUUGAAUCUUGCAGACUUUGCUUCAGUAGCUGGAGAUAAACAAGAGGGCAUUGAAAUUUUCGUUCCUUUGGAAGUCUCUGUUGGCAGCUUCAAGAGUUGCCUUUCACUCUGUCUAGUGCUCAACCUUGUGGAAUUGAGGAACACUCACGAAGCUUCAAAGACAUUUCCGAAGUUUAUCAUGUCUGCUCCAGUAUCUCCGAACCCUGGAAAGGCUUUGUUGACAGACAGAAAUGGGUGUGGUUCUUUAAAAGCAGGUCUGCGAAAGGUUAAAUUUUUGAAAGCAUUAUCUUUUAGGCGACACAAGAAGGCAUAUCAUGCAGAGGAAGGCAGCAGCAGUGAUGGAAGGAACUCGGUCGGAAGUGAGGAUCCCGAUUAUGUUUAUCCUGUGGAUACAGAUUCACUUGAUGAGGAUUCGGUAGGAGAAUCUGAGGAAGGAAAAGAGGAUACAAGUGUUCAGAAGUCAUUCAGUUAUGAAGCACUCGUCUAUCCGAACCAUGCUGGUGGAUCAUUUUGUUCUAAUACAAGCGGCAGCAGCAGUGACGAGGAUUUAGUCCACUACAGCCAUCAUAUUUCAGACACAAAGCACAAGUACCCUGAGGAUAAAACUGCAGCAAAUCAAUCUACAGAGCAGAGUUCAAAACAUGGUCUUCUUUCCUGGAGGAAGAGGAAGUUGAGUUUCAAAUAUCCUAAAACCAAGGGGGAGCCAUUGUUGAAGAAACAUUAUGGAGCGGAUGGUGCAGACGAUAUAGGCUUUGAUCGCCGACAGCUUUGCUCAUCUGACGAGUCUUCUUCUAGGGGGCACAAAUCCGAGGAAACUUCUCCGAUUUCAGUCUCUGAGUUUGGAGAUGAAAGUUUUGCUGUGGGUAGUUGGGAGCAGAAAGAAAUAAUAAGCCGUGAUGGACAAAUGAAGCUGCAGACUCAGAUCUUCUUUGCUUCGAUUGAUCAACGAAGUGAACGAGCUGCUGGUGAAAGCGCUUGUACAGCCUUGGUUGCUGUCAUAGCUGAUUGGUUCCACUGCAAUCCUGAAGAUAUGCCCAUCAAGUCCCAACUUGAUUCUUUUAUCUGUGAAGGCUCGAUGCAGUGGAGGGAUCUUUGUGAAAACGAGACCUAUAGGGAAUGUUUCCCAGAUAAGCAUUUUGACCUCGAGACAGUUCUCGAGGCUAAAGUGCGUCCAUUCUCAGUAGUCUCAGAAAAAUCAUUCAUUGGGUUCUUUCAUCCCGAAGGAAUCGAAGAAGAGGAAGGAUUCCACUUCCUUCAUGGUUCCAUGUCUUUUGACAACAUAUGGGAUGAGAUUUCUAAGUCCGCUCAAGAAACUCCUCGUCAUGGUGACUCCUGUGUUUACAUUAUGAGUUGGAAUGACCACUUCUUUAUCCUCAAGGUUGAAAAAGACGUGUACUAUAUCAUUGACACACUUGGGGAGAGGCUUUUUGAGGGUUGUAAUCAGGCAUAUAUCCUCAAAUUCGACCAAGAUACAACAAUUAUGCAAGCACCUGGUGAGUCUCAACAAUCAGAUGAUAAGCCAUCUUGUGAUAGAAAAAAGAAAACCGAUGUCAAAGAGGCUGCGGAUGAAAGCAAAAUUGUCAUGAGCACCAACAGCGACGACAGUAUGUAGGAAGACAGGGUACCUGAAAAGAACAUCAUUUAUAGAGAUAAAGAGGCAUGUAAAGAGUACAUUAAGAGUUUUUUGGCAGCAAUCCCUAUUAGGGAGAUACAAGUUGAUGUAAAGAAAGGAUUGAUGGCAUCGACACCCCUUCAUCAGCGCCUACAAAUCGAGUUCCACUACACAAUGAGCUUUGUUCCCAAGUUUGAGGAGUAAUCUUCAGGAGAACUGAUUGCUAACAGUUUGGCCAUAGUACCAUCGGCAGCAGCAGAAUAAGCAACGAUUGGUAAAGCUUUACGAGUAUAUACAUAGAGCUAAUCCUUUUUGUUCUACAUACCAUUUAGGAAUUUUGACCUGGAGAGUCUCUUCUUUGUUUUCAUUCGUAUAUUUUCUUCUUCGUACUCACGGAAUGCUAAUGCUAAU